CCGGCCCCCGGCCGACCGGCGCUAGGGCCGGAGCAGCCCCGCGGGAAGAUGAACUACCUGAACGUGCUGGCCAAGGCGCUGUACGACAACGUGGCCGAGUCCCCGGACGAGCUCUCCUUCCGCAAGGGCGACAUCAUGACGGUGCUGGAGCGCAACACGCAGGGGCUGGACGGCUGGUGGCUCUGCUCGCUCCACGGCCGUCAGGGCAUCGUCCCCGGGAACCGCCUCAAGAUCCUGGUGGGGAUGUACGACAAGAAGCAGCAGCAGCAGCAGCAGCAAGCGCCUGGCCCGGCGCAAGGGCAGGCACCGCCGCAGCCGCCAGUGCCCCAGCCGGCUCUGCCUUACCACCACCAAGGGGGCUACCCCCCGCUGUCGCCCGCCUCGCAGUACACACCCAUGCACCCUGCUUAUGCCCCCCAAGGGGACAACGUCUACCUGAUGCCGGUCCCCAGCAAGGGACAGCAGGGUCUCUACCCGGGCUCGGCGCCCACCGGACAGUUUCCGCCUGCCCCGGCUAAGCAGCUGCCCACCUACCCGAAGCAGACGCCUCCCCACGCCUUCCCCAGCCCCGGCCAGGAGAUAUACCAGGUUCCCCCCUCCCUGGGCCAAGCGGCGGAGGCGUACCCCGGGGGCUCUGCCAGCCCCCCCCAGGACGUCUACCAGGUUCCUCCCUCGACCGGUCAGGCUCAAGACAUCUACCAGGUGCCCCCGUCGUUGGACAUGAGGAGCUGGGAGGGGCACAAGCCCCAGGGAAAGGUCCUGGUGCCCACCCGCGUGGGGCAAGUCUACGUCUACGACUCCUCCAAGGGUGAGCAGGAUGAGUACGAUUUCCCUCGCCACCUCCUCUCCGCGGGCUCCCAGGAGAUCUACGACGUGCCGCCUGUCCGAGGAGGGGUCCCGAGCCAGUUCAGCCAGGAGGUCUACGACACACCCCCCAUGGCAGUGAAGGGUCCCAACGGGCAGGACCCGGGGCAGGAGAUCUAUGACGUGCCCCCCAGCGUGGAGAAGAACCUGCACCAAACUGUAAGUGUACGACGUCCCCCCUCGGUGAGCAAGGACGUGCCGGAUGGCCCGGCGCGGGAGGAGACCUAUGACGUGCCCCCCGCCUUCGCCAAGCAGAAAGCCUUCGACCCCUCCCGCCACCCCCUCAUCCUGGCCCAGCAGGAGCCCUACUUGCCGGAGGAUGUCUACGACGUGCCGCCGGCAGCCGGGAAAGGUGCUCCUGAGCUGCCGCUCUCCCACGAGAUCUACGACGUGCCCCCCAGCCUCAAGAAGCUGGGAGGAUCGGCCUUCCCCUCCCAGGAGGUGUAUGACGUGCCCCGGGACCUGCACGCCCCGGGCAAGGGCUCCCUGGACACGGAGGGCGAGUACAUCUACGACGUCCCGCCGCAAGUGGACCGUGAGGCCAAGGGCGCCGAUGCCAAACGCCUCUCGGCCUCCAGCACGGGCAGCACCCGCAGCAACAUCUCCACGUCCUCGCUGGAUGUGGUGCCCGUGAAGGAGCCGGCCAAGGGAGCCGGCAAGGAGUUCUCCCUGGACUUGGACGCCGCCAUGGAGACGCUGGCCAAGCUCCAGCAUGGCGUCGGCGGCGCCGUCUCCUACCUCAUGUCCUUCAUUGGCGCCAACUGGCGCAGCCCCGAGCACAUGGAAGCCAAUGCCGCCAGCAUCCGUGGGGCAGCCGAGGGCGUCCGGACGGCCCUCCGGGACCUGCUGGAGUUUGCCCGGGGGGCGGUGGGCAAUGCCGCCCAGGCCUCUGACCGUUCCCUCUACGCCAAGCUCAGCAAGCAGCUGCAGAAGAUGGAGGAGGUCUACCAGGCCCUGGCACGGCACGGCCAAGCGCUGGACGCUUGCCACUGGGCCCCGAGCGCCCUGGCCGGCGGCAAGCCAGGCACGGAUGACUUGGAGCACUUCGUCAUGCACUCGCGCGGCGUCCCCGAUGACACCAAGCAGUUGGCCUCCUUCCUGCACGGCAACGCCUCCCUCCUCUUCAAACGGACAAAGCCGGCGGUGGAGAGCGGUGCACGGGCCCCUCACCCCUCCGACAAGGCCAGCAGCAUCCAGUCGCGGCCCUUGCCCUCCCCGCCCAAGCUGCUGGCCCAGGAGUCGCCCGACGGGCCCUACGAGAACAGCGAGAGUGGCUGGAUGGAGGAUUACGACUACGUCCAUCUCCAGGGCAAAGAGGAGUUUGAGAAGACCCAGAAGGAGCUGCUGGAGAAAGGCAACAUCAUCCGGCAGAGCAAGGACCAGCUGGAGCACCAGCAGCUGAAGCAGUUCGAGCGGCUGGAGCAGGAGGUGACGCGCCCCAUCGACAACGACCUGUCCAACUGGAGCCCCCCCCAGCACUACGGCCCGGCGCGGGGUGGCGGGGCCCUGUGUCCUGCUGACCGCCAGCUCCUCCUCUUCUACCUGGAGCAGUGCGAGGCCAACCUCACCACGCUCACCAACGCCGUCGACGCCUUCUUCACCGCCGUCAGCACCAACCAACCCCCCAAGAUCUUCGUGGCCCACAGCAAGUUCGUCAUCCUCAGCGCCCACAAGCUUGUCUUCAUUGGGGACACGCUGUCCCGCCAGGCCAAGGCCCAGGAUGUCCAGCACAAGGUGAUGCACUACAGCAACCUCCUCUGCGAGAUGCUCAAGGAGAUCGUGGUGACCACCAAGGCGGCCGCCCUCCACUACCCUUCUCCUGGCGCCUCUAAGGACAUGGUGGAGCGUGUCAAGGACCUUGCCAACAGCACGCAGCAGUUCAGGAUGGUGCUGGGCCAGCUGGCAGCCAUGUGAUGGCUCCGGGCUGCUGUUCCCUCCCCACGGCCCCCACCCCACCCCAGACAUGAAUCCCGCUCCGCGAGAGCCCUCUCCGCCCGGUGUAAGCGGACAUGUACAUAGAGACUCCCACGCGCACCGGGGGCCUGGGGCUCCGCUGGCAGAGGGGUUGAGGGGCUGCAGCCAUCGUCCCCCUUCCUCUUCUUCCUCCCUCUGGCCAGAGGCCAGGAUUGGUUUCGGAGCUGUGCCCAUAAUGAAGCAAAGCUGGGAGGUGGAUUCGUGCCCGCUCCCUCCCCGCUGUCCUCUCGCCGUACAAAACCGGCAGCCCUUCCUGGCCUGGAGGCCAUCGGGCCCUGUCCCUGUUGAAUCGAGACAGGGAUGCGCCUGGCAAUUUGGGGCGAUGCUGUGGUUGCUCCGCUCUG